AUGUUCAUGUUUGUCGAACGCGGUAUACGCGGCGGCCUGAGUCAAUGUUUCAAGAGAUACGUGCGGGCUAACAACAUGCAGUCAUAUGAUCCAUCGAAACCGUUGUCGUAUUUAAUGUACUUCGAUGUAAAUAAUCUGUACGGCUGGGCAAUGUAUCAACCAUUGCCGUAUGCAAAUUUUCAAUGGGUCAACGACAUAGCAAAUUUCAAUGUUAUGAAUAUCGCGUUAGAUUCUGCGAUAGACUACAUUCUCGAAGUCGAUCUAGACUAUCCACAACACCUUCACGACGCGCACGCUGACAUACCGUUCUGUCCGACGCGCGAUAAACCACCCGGCAAGC